UAUGGAGUUCUAAAGUGUUUUUCUGUCCUAGUAAUUGUGCGGCUUGAUAAAUUGCAAAUAUUAGCAAAAAACGGGAUAAACAGUCAAAGCUUAUACGAAUAAUUGGUGGAAUAAUAAAAUGUUUAUCAACAGAAUCGCAAGAAUACAUCGAAUAUGGAUAUCAACAUAGCAAUGCUAGCUCACGAAUGUUAAAUCAACCGUAUUGAAAUAUAGCAGCCGCUAAGUAAGAUAUCGAUUGGUUUAUUUCUUUAGAUUUAACGAGAAGCCAGUAGGUGGAACAACGGUGAUUCUUGCCAUUCAUCGUUGCAAGCGACCGUAUAUUGUGAUUACGCGUACAUAGUUACGAAAGAAACAUAUCCAGUUGGCCGACAGAUUAACACAAAACAAACAUGGGAAAACAAAAUAGCAAACUGAAACCGGAAGUUCUCGAAGAUCUGAAGCAAAAUACAGAAUUUACAGACGCUGAAAUUCAAGAAUGGUAUAAAGGUUUCUUAAAAGACUGUCCGAGUGGUCAUCUAUCUGUAGAAGAAUUCAAAAAAAUUUACGGAAAUUUCUUUCCAUACGGAGACGCUAGUAAAUUUGCCGAGCAUGUUUUUCGAACGUUUGAUGCUAACGGUGAUGGAACAAUUGAUUUUCGAGAAUUUUUGUGCGCGCUCAGCGUAACGUCUCGAGGAAAAUUGGAACAGAAAUUGAAAUGGGCGUUUUCAAUGUACGACUUAGACGGAAAUGGAUACAUAUCGCGACAGGAAAUGCUAGAAAUUGUAACUGCCAUUUACAAGAUGGUUGGAUCAGUAAUGAAAAUGCCAGAAGAUGAGAGUACGCCGGAAAAACGAACCGAUAAAAUAUUUCGUCAAAUGGACCGAAAUAAGGAUGGUAAACUUAGUCUUGAAGAAUUCAUCGAAGGUGCUAAAAGUGAUCCGUCAAUUGUUCGCCUUUUGCAAUGUGAUCCACAGGCGCAGUGAACAAUUAUCGUUUUUUGUCUUAUUUUAUCGUGUGUGCAUAGAGAGUGGUGUGGAAAAAAGCAACAUAGCGUUGGCUAUUUUUUCCACACCAAGAUCUUUACAAUUUCAUUUCGAAUGGUGUAGCCUUAAAACAUGAGAAACAUUGCAAGCAUAGAUGAAGGUUUGUGGUUUAGGUAGUAUCUCAGGUAAAAAUGUUCUCUUUUGUUUGUUUUUUUUAUUUGAUUUAAAAAUACAAUUUUUUGUUCGUUAACAAAUUAAGUUUUAUUUUAAGAGAAGAAAUUUUUAAUUUAUUUAUUUAGGGGAAUGAGGGGUAAUACCGCUCACCGGGUAAUACCGAUCAUUUAAAAAUUUUGUUCGACUUUGUUCUAAGUGGUCGGCAUUACCCUAAAUUUUUAAGUGGUCGCCAUUCCCCCACUUCUCCCUAUGCUUUGAUAAAGUGCAACAAUCAAGCGGUUCCACUUAUCGCUUGUUUCGGCACUUAAAGGCCAUUGACACAGUUAUCAUUUUAUUUUAUUUGAAAAUACAAUUUUGGAUCGCUCCAGCUCUAGAUGCUCUAGUCUUAAAAACACAAUACACUUUCGAAGUAUCCUCAAUUCGCAGUCGAAAUAGAUAGCGGUAAUAACGGUCAUGAUAAGUCUUCACACGCUUUUCAUAAUAACAUUGCUGUAAAGAUAGUAAAAUUUUGCAUUUAAAAAUUGUGCAGUCUAACAUUUGACAAAUGAAAAGACAUAGAGAAAUGGCAGACUGUUCAUCCUUAAAAGCGCAAAUCAGUUUUUGGAAAUUUCUAAAUCGUUUCGCCAUUUUAAAGAACGAAAAACAAUUUUUGGUCAACAUUCAGUUCCAAAAUUGAAGAUUGAAACGUCAUUCUUACGAAACCUGAGCCGAAUAACAUCUAAUUGCCAGCAAACAUCUUUCAUUCACGCAAACAUUACAAACCAUUGUGUAUGCGUUAACAUUAUCACUAACACACAGUUUUCCUUUUUUUAUGUUUUUCUUGUUUCUGAGAAAUUAUCUAAAGCCAACAUCUUAUUUAUUGAAUGAAUAUUGAUCUCUCAUUUGAUGUGUCACGUCAUUUAUUUCAAGUUCUUUUUUUAUUAUUUUUAUUCAGUUUUUAUAUACGUCCGUCCGUAAGUUAAUCGAUUUCAGCAUUAUAUCAUAAUGUAACUAAGGGUAGUUUUCGGAAAUUUAUUAGUUAGCGAAGCUGGCCACAAUAACAAAUGAUGGUUCGACAAUAGUAAAUAGGUCAUGGAUUAACUUCAACAUAAUGGAAAAUGUUUUUUUUUUUCGUUUCUUUUCCUUUUUCGAAACCGAUUGUCAGACGCGAAUUAAUGUCUUUGGCCUUUAACUUUAUCGUUCGAAUUUCAGUUGGAUUUAAUCAAUCAAAUUGGUUGCCUUUUAACGUCAAUAAACUGUAUUCCGACCAUAAUGUCAUAUCGUUAACGUUUCUUACCGCAAAACGAAAAAUCGAAUGCAGCCGGAUUCUUAUCAACACUAAGUCGUUAAAUGAUUAACAAAUAACUUUUCAACAAAUAAUAACAUUCUUCGUCGUCGUUCCACGUCCGACAGUGACUUGACUGAUAAUUGGAAAAAUCUUCGGUUUAACUAGUAGCAAUGGUAGUAGUAGUAGGAAGGGAGUGGGUUUUAUUGAACAGGUUUGUUAUGGAACAUUAUAUGGGACAAAUGAUGGAAAUGCAGAUUUAUGUGUGGUUGAUCCAAACCGAAAGCAUAGAGAAGUAUUCAUUUCCAUCAUUCGUCUUAACCAAGAAAAACAACAUAAAAAUCAUUCGUCUUAUGAGGGAUUUUAUUCAAAAAGUCGAGGUAAAGUUUCUCAACCAUACAGUAAAGGUAGAUUAUGCACCUCUGUCCAAAAUGUUCAUUUUGACGAUUUGACGCUAUUUCAUAUGCCGAGAGCAGAUAAAUCGAGAUAAACAAAUUUUCCCUAGAGAGAUAAAUGCGACAUUAUCGUUCUAGGCAGAUAAAUUAAACAUUACCUCGAGUUGUUGGUUAAAUUGAAUUAACGAGCUUGUAGAAAUCAAUUGUCUGCCCGUUUCGACCGUAUUGGGAGAACUAGAAUGUUAUUACUCAUAUCAGAUUUCAAUAUUGUACUUCACGAAAAGUUAAAUUUUCGAUCGAAAGUAGUGCAACCACGCAACAAUGUCUUGCUCAAAGUAAAAAUAUUGUUCUGCAUUGUGAUCGGAAGUAUGGGACCUUUUAAUUUGAAUGGUUAACGAAAUCGUCCAGAACACACACACAUGUAUCUACUCAAUGAAUUUCAUGUUAGGCGGAACCUUUCUUUCUCGGUAUGAAAUUAUUUAGCAACAAUAUAGAUAGGUCUUUACAACAAUCUUAGAUUGGAGAAAUGAUAAAAAAAAUAAUAAAUUGCAAAAACCAAUUUUAAAAUCAAAUAAUUGAUCAAUAUUCUACAUAAACCGCAAUCAAUAUUUAUAUAUAUCGUUAAAAUAAUAAAAAAAAAAAAUUGAAAAUCCAAAAAAAAAAAAUUACACAAAAACUAUCUAUGAGUCAAAAUAAAAACAUAAUUAUUUGCUGCCUCCGCGAAUAUACAAUUGCGCUUGCCUAGCGGACAAUUGACAUGAGUCUCUAUCAAAAAAAAAAGUAAAUAAGUAUAAU